CCACUUCACUUGCAAGUGAUGUAAUGUAUCUUCCAUUAAAAAAUAUUGCAUCUGAAUCCAAACUAUAUCCCAAAUUCCAAUAACCCUUUUUUAUGCCAGAUUUAUUAUAGAAAUCCUGGGAAUUUGUGAUCAAAUCUACCCAAUUCUAGACUCUUUAAACAAGAUAAAUUUGCAGUACUUACUGGAAUUACUGAUGCUGUGAUGGUAUGUAGACUCGGGUGUCCAAAUCUGAUGAUCCAAAAUGGCAAAAAGGAGAUGGCUCAGUAUUCUCAAGAGAUUCUUCAUCUUUGAAACCUGUCAAAACAGAGCAAAGGAAAAGAAGAGGAGAUGGGUAUUGGGGAGGCAUAAGUUGAAAAGGAUAACCUCCCAAUCAGCACCUAUAGAGAGACCACCAUCAGGACCUAAAGGUCUGCCGGUGGCUCAAGUAAUUGAUGAACUCAAACGGGUAUCGGAUGGCAACAUUCAAUCCUCAUCAUCUCAACACGGUGAUGAGGAGAGGGAGAAUGGUGCAGCCAUCAAGAUUCAAACGGCAUUUCGGGGAUUUCUUGCAAGAAAGGCUCUAAGGGCAUUGAAAGGAUUGGUAAGGCUACAAGCCAUUAUUCGCGGGCAUUUAGUUCGACAUCAGGCGGUCACGACUCUCAAGCGUUUGCAAUCCGUCAUAAAUAUUCACUCACAAGCAUGUGCAAAGAGAAUCCAGGAGGUGGACUGCUGCCCUUCUCAUAAUUGUUAUCAAGAAAAUAAAGGAAAGGAUUCAAAGAAUGUACAUGUCGAGAUGAACAGUCAGAAGAGGUGGGAUGACAGCAUUCUAACAAAGGAAGAGGAGAAUGCUAUGUUGUGCAGCAAGAAAGAAGCAGCUUUGAAGCGAGAAAGGAUCAAAGAGUAUGCAUUUAACCACAGAAUGUCAUCAGAAUCUGAACAAAGCAAAGUAAAUGAAAAAUGGAGGUACUGGUUAGAACACUGGGUGGAUACACAAUUAGCUAAAAGAGAAGAUCUUCAAAACCUGGGAAAGAAAGAAGUAUUUGAAAGUCAAAAAGUCAAAUUACGGAAUCUGAAGGGAAUGGAUGCUCCAACAUAUAUCUCAAGAGUGACCCAUCACAGGAAACAACGUUCCAUUGGAGAAGAACACUCCAUUUCUAUGGUGGGUUCUCCUGUGUUUCCGACUUACAUGGCUGCAACUGAAUCUGCAAGAGCAAAAUCCAGAUCAUUAAGCUCACCAAGACUAAGACCGCUAAGCAUAGAUACAUGGUCGGCCACCAAUUCCCCAUAUAAGCAUAAGCUGUUGUCUCCUAUAUCUUCCAUCAAUAGUGAUGCAGGCAGUAGUCGGGUUUGGAAUGUUAACGGUCGUGGUGGUGGAUUCUCGCAGAGAUCUCCAAGCCUGAAAGGGGUUCCUGGUCAUGUGAAAUCAUACAAAACUUCCAAACAUCUCAGCUUUAAUUCAGAAUGCUCAAUGCCAAAUUGGGAUCAGCUGGGCCACUUCAGAUGAUCAUAUGCUAGCAAAAUUCUGAUGUCAAUAUAUUAUAUCUUGGAAAGAGGACGGUACCCCUGGCAAGGUUAAUAUAUUAUAUCUUAAAGGUAA